UAGCCGUCGUGGUGACGUAUUUCCGGUUAAUUAGCAAACUUGCGGGCUUCACGUCAGUGGACGCAACAGGCUUGGACCGAAAACCAACGGUCGGGCAGUUCAUAAAUUCGGCAGACCACGGUGGCCAAGAGAAAUGUCUUUUAUAUUUGACUGGAUCUACAGGAGCUUCAGCAGUGUCUUGCAACUAUUAGGGUUGUAUAAGAAGACUGGCAAGUUAGUGUUCCUUGGACUAGACAAUGCUGGAAAAACAACGCUCCUGCACAUGCUCAGAGAUGACAGGCUAGGACAGCAUGUGCCAACAUUACAUCCAACAUCUGAGGAGCUGACCAUAGCUGGAAUGACCUUCACAACGUUUGACCUUGGAGGUCACACACAAGCACGUAGGAUCUGGAAGAACUACCUCCCAGCCAUAAACGGUAUAGUCUACAUGGUGGAUUGUGCUGAUCAUGAGCGACUAGCAGAGGCCAAAGUUGAACUGGAUGCUCUGUUAACAGAUGAAACCAUUUCAAAUGUCCCGGUUCUCAUCCUGGGGAAUAAAAUCGACCGUGCAGAAGCCAUCAGUGAGGAUGCACUCAGAGGAAUGUUUGGUCUUCAUGGACAUACAACUGGAAAGGGUAAAGUGUCCCUGAAAGAGCUGAAUUUGAGGCCAAUGGAGGUGUUCAUGUGCAGCGUGCUGAAGAGGCAAGGAUAUGGAGACGGUUUCCGCUGGCUCUCCCAGUAUAUUGACUGAUUCGUGUUCUUUUAAUAAUCUUAACCAGAUUUACUGUGCUGCCAGUGCACACAUGUUCCACACAAGACUACCUGCAAUAGAGACUUUAUCAAAAAUACCAUAUUUAGGCCUUUGACUGUGCUAAUAGUAAAUAUUUCCAGUUUUG